AUGAGGACUCUGCUCCAGGCUCCAGCCGCCACGGCGGUCGGUGGUGCAGCAAACACGCUGGCAACCCCGGGCACCGCCCUUCCUCCUUCCUUUUCGUCGCCGUUAACGCCGAUCAGCUCCUCACCGCCGCCUCCUGACUCGUCUUCCGCCCCUCCUGCAUCAUCAUCCUCUGAACCGCCACCACCUUCCCCGUCUUCUUCUACGCCACCGCCACCUUCUCCUUCAUCGCCGCCGCCAUCACCGCCGGAGUCUGAACCGCCGCCUCCUUCACCGGUUGACACUGCCCCUCCGCCGCCGGAGGCGUCGUCUUCCCCUCCACCAGCCGCAUUGCCGCCCCCGCCACCGGCGCCGGUGACGACGUCUUCCCCGCCGCCUCCGCCCGCCACCGCACCUCCCCCACUGGACAAUGCCACACCCCCACCUUCCUCCGUGCAGGCGCCGACACCACCACCACCAUCCACUCCACCGCCACGGUCACACGCCUCGCCGCCUUCUCCUCCGCCACCCGCAGCAGCGCCACCAGCGUCUCCAGUGGACGCUACGCCGCCGCCGCCAUCCGUCGUGGAUUAUGCCCCUCCUCCGACACAUCGGACGAACUCAACGGCCGCCGUGUACUCUCCUCCGGUAACGCCACCGGCAGUGGCUAGCAGCGCGACGCCGCCUCCUAGCAGCGGCGGACUGAGCACCGGCGCGACCGCUGCCGUCGCGGUCGUGGUGGUGGUCGUUUUCCUCAGCUUCACAGGCUUUUUCGUCUGCAUGUCGAAGCGGUGGAAGCGGAGGCAAGCCGACCGGUACUACGCCGGAUUCGCUGUGCCACCGUACACCCCGCAGCACGUCUCCGGCGAGGCGCCGUUCCUGCGGCCGCCGCCGCCGCCGGGGUCGAUGAACUUUAGCAUGGGCGGGGGCGGCCCGGGCAUGUCGCAGGGGAUGAGCCAGGGGUACGGUCAGCACCAGCAGCUGCAGCCAUGGGCCGCGUCGGCCAAUUACAGCGGCGCGACGGCGACGAGCCAGGGUCCGGCAAAGAGAGUGGCGGCGGCGUCGGGCGACCUGAACGUGGGCAACACCAAGGCAUUCACAUUCGACGAGCUGUACGAGAUCACCGACGGGUUCGCGCGCGACAACGUCCUCGGCGAGGGCGGGUUCGGGUGCGUGUUCAAGGGCACGCUCGGCGACGGCAAGGUGGUCGCCGUGAAGCAGCUCAAGGGCGGCGGCGGGCAGGGCGAGCGCGAAUUCCAAGCCGAGGUGGAGAUCAUCAGCCGCGUCCACCAUCGCCACCUCGUCUCCCUCGACGGCUACUGCAUCGCCGAGGACCACCGCCUCCUCGUCUAUGACUUCGUCUCCAACGAGACGCUCCACCACCACCUCCAUGGUAAGGGAAGGCCAGUGAUGGACUGGCCGACGAGGGUCAAGAUCGCAGCAGGCUCGGCACGUGGAUUGGCCUACCUGCAUGAGGAUUGUCAUCCAAGGAUCAUCCACAGGGACAUUAAGUCCUCAAACAUCCUGCUUGAUGACCACUUUGAAGCUCAGGUUGCGGACUUCGGACUCGCCAGGUUAGCGGAGAACGAUGUCACACAUGUUUCAACACGUGUGAUGGGAACAUUCGGGUACUUGGCUCCAGAGUAUGCCUCCACGGGGAAGCUGACCGAGAAAUCAGAUGUGUUCUCCUUUGGUGUUGUGCUUUUGGAGCUCAUCACAGGUCGGAAGCCCGUCGACUCGUUGCGUCCCCUCGGCAACGAGAGCCUUGUGGAGUGGGUAAGCUCCAGCAGUAGUACUACUACCGCCACCACCCGACAGUCAAGACUGCUGCUGAACCGCGCAGUCGAGAACCAGGAGUUUGACGAGCUAGUCGACCCCCGCCUCGAUGGGAAUUUCGAUGAUGUUGAGAUGUUCCGUGUGAUUGAGGCAGCUGCGGCGUGCAUCCGACAUUCGGCUGCCAGGAGGCCCAAGAUGGGGCAGGUUGUCAGGGUCCUUGACAGCCUGACCGAUGUCGAUCUCAGCAAUGGUGUACAGCCAGGGAAGAGCCAGAUGUUCAACGUCGCCAAUACGGCUGACAUCAGGCAGUUCCAGAGGAUGGCGUUCGGCAGCCAGGACUUCAGCUCAGAGUACAGCCAUUCCAGGUCAAGCAUAAGUAGCAGGAGGGAUUUCUAGUAAUUUGAAAUCUGUAAAGCUUCUCCAGCUGCACUUCCCCUAGUUUCCGAUGAUCUUGGUCUUGCUACGUCUUCA